AUGGGGAAAUCUGAAGCUCAAUUAGCACCGGCUUUGUAUGUGUUUGGAGACUCAACGGUUGAUGCAGGAAAUAACAAUGCUAUCAACACAUAUGCAAAAUCAAAUUAUGCUCCUUAUGGUGUAGAUUUUCCUGGUGGAGUCACAGGCAGGCCUACAAAUGGUCGUAACGCGGCUGAUUUCAUUGCUUUAUCACUUGGAUUAAAAGCUCCACCUGCAUUCAGACUUGUCAACACUAGCACUUUGUCUGAUAGAUGUGAAGGUUUUAACUACGCGUCUUCUUCAGCUGGAAUUCUUCCAGAAUCAGGAUUUAAAGGUACAUUGAGUUUGGGAGAACAAGUUGAUUUGUUUAGGAAGACUGUUGAAGAAUAUCUGCCAUUGUAUUUUAAAAGCAAGGACGAUCUCUCCAUGCACGUAUCAAAAUCCAUUUUUCUUCUUGUAGUGGGCGUCAAUGACUAUGCCCUAAAUUUUCUAAAGAAAAAGAAUAGUGGUCAGCCAUUUGACGAUGAAGCAGCUGCUGAACUUCUUAGAGAGAAAUUCCAAAACCACUUAACAGAGUUGUAUAACUUGGGAGCCAGAAAAUUUGUGGUAUUCGACAUUGAAGCAAUUGGUUGCUUGCCCAUUUAUGUAAAUCAACAAAAACCACCGACUUCAAAAUGUGUGGACGACUUAAAUUCAAUGGUGCUUAAAUUCAAUGAAAAACUCCCGUUGAAGCUUCAAGAUCUAGCCGUUACACUUUCUGGCUCAGCGUUCAUUGUUGGAAAGAAUUAUGAACAUAUUUUGAAUUUGGUGGAGAAUCCGAAUAACUAUGGGUUUAAAGAUGCAUCAAAUCCAUGUUGUGCACUUACACCCUAUGGGACAUGCGAUGGCAAAAGACCGCCUUGUGAGGACAGAAACUCACGUGUCUUCUUUGAUGCAUUUCACCCUACUGAAGCUGCUUACAAGAUUAUUGCUCAAAACUGCUUCAGUGGUUCCGGUGUAUGCGUUCCAAUGAAUGUCCUAGAGCUUGCUAGAUUAUCAUAA